AUGGCUCCCACGUCAUUGAUCUUCCCCGAGCUCUCCAGCUGGUCAGGAAUCGGCCUGCUGGCAGCGGGAAGCUUUGUGAUCUUCUUCCUCAUCAGCCGAACAUUCUACAGAAUCCCCUACCCGGAGGGCAUCGCGCUCAUCGGCGAGCCAGAGGGCGCGACGCGAUUCAGUUUCCGCACCAUCCUUCGGUACUACACAGACUGCCCAGGCCUGUUCCGGGAGGCCUUUGACAACUAUGCCAAGAAAGGUAAAGCCGUCGUGAUCCCUGGCUUGGGCUUCCGCCACGAGGUUAUCAUGCCCACGAGCACGAUGCGAUGGGUCUUGACGCAGCCCGAAGACCAAUUGAGCCCAAGCGAAGCAUUCGCGGAGGUCGAUCAGAUCCACUACGCGCUUGGAGACGCUCGGUAUGUGACGGAUGCUUGGCAGGGGCAUCUCGUCAAGACAGACAUGAACCUCAUCCUGGAGAAUGUCUGCGCUGCUAUGAACAACGAGCUGGGUAUCGCGGUCGACAGGUGGUUUGGUAAAGAUACCGAGUGGAAGGAGAUCGACCUGUUCUCUCUCAUCAGACAGAUUGUCGCACAAGCGGCUGGUCGCUUCACCAUCGGAUUGCCCAUUUGCCGAGACCCAGACUAUUUCAAACUCAACUACGAAAUCAUUGACCAUCUGGUCGUCAACGCUGGCGCUGUUGGGGGUGCUCCCAGGAUCUUGAGACCUCUCAUCGGCUACCUCCUGAACCUGCCGCUGCAUGGCAAAAUCAAAAGACUGAGAAAGAUGUUUGAGCCGUACUGGAACGAACGCGUUGAGAGCUUGAAGUACGGCCGCAACGACCCGGACCAUCCGGAGCCGCAAGACCACCUGCAGAUGAUGGCAAGGUACGCCGAAAAGAACCGCGUCGAGGAGUUCAACAACGUCGACAUGAUGACGCGACGUCUCAUUGCUGCGAACUUCGGCUCGAUGCACCAGACAAGCAUCCAAGCGACGAACAUGCUGCUCAACAUCAUCGGCUCCGAUUCCGAGUUCAACACGAUAUCCAUUCUACGCGACGAAGUUAACCGUAUUCUGUACGAAGAUGGCAACGACAGCUGGACGAAAGCCAAGGUCAGCAAGAUGAUGAAGGCCGACAGCGUGGCCCGAGAGACUCUUCGCCUCCAGUCGUUUGGUGGACGCGCAGUCUUCCGCAAGGUCAUGGUCGAUGGGUACAAGGGCCCAGACGGAAACCACCUGCCCAAGGGCACGCUCAUCUCAUUCCUCGGCCAGCCCGCUGCCACGGACGGCGAACUUUUCGAGGAGCCCCUCAAGUACGACCCGUUCCGGUUUUCCCGGAUCCGCGAGAAUGCCGCGGCCAAGGAUGAGAAGGUGCCCCGUGUCUCGUUUGUCACUACCAGCACCGAUUAUUUGCCGUUUGGACACGGAAAGCACGCGUGCCCUGGCCGGUUCCUGAUCGACUUUGAGUUGAAGAUGAUUAUUGCCUAUGUUUUGGGUCACUACGAUGUCGAGUUCCCCGCAGAGUACAACGGGCAAAGACCGCCAAAUUACUGGAUGACAGAGGCACUGUUUCCCCCCGAAGGAGCGAAAAUUAGAAUUAGGAGAAAGGCUAAGGCAUGA